AAAAAAAAAAAAAAAAAGCUUCAGAAGGGAUUAAGAAAAAAAAGUAGUGAGAGCUUUGUCGGAGAAAGACUUCAAAGGAGAUGUAGGUGUAAGUCCGGGUCCAGGUCUACAUAUAGUGGACAGUAAUACUGUAUAUUUACUAUCCUCUUUUAAACUUGUGGAUUGUUAAAAUACUACUAGGACUAGUGAAUGGAGGUGGGGUUAGUGACACACAAUGGAGGUUGCCACUGCAAGAAUGUCAAAUGGCGAGUUCAAGCACCAAAGAGAGUUGUAGCUUGGGAUUGUAACUGUUCAGAUUGUUCCAUGAGGGGUAACACACACUUCAUUGUCCCUGCUCAAAGAUUUGAGCUUUUGGGUGAUUCCAAUCAGUUUCUCACAACUUACACCUUUGGCACUCACACUGCAAAACACACCUUUUGUAAGGUUUGUGGUAUAACUUCCUUUUAUUAUCCUCGUUCGAACCCAGAUGGGGUUGCCGUUACAUUCAAGUGCGUCGAUCCUGGAACUCUGCUCCAUGUUGAGGUUAUAAGCUAUGAUGGGAAGAAUUGGGAGAGCUCAUACGCUCAGACAGAUAUUGCUUCAUCUUCGAAAGACACUUAAGGGUCUAAUUAUUGAUUUCUGUUGGUAAUGUUUUAUGGGUUGAUUUAUCAUGGUGAAUUUCCAAUAAGAUAUCAGUUUCAUGUAGUUGACAUAAAUCUACCGUUUUUUGCUUGCCAAACCAAAAGCCUGUAAAUAAAGGGAAAUGGAAAGUUAUAUAUAAGUGAUUAGAUAUUUUAAUAUCACGUAAUUAUUCUAUAAACCAGUUAUUGAUUCAUUGUGACAGGUGCUCUGAAAGUUUCUCAAGCUGUCAAUCUUCAGUUUUGUAUGGUGUCUGUUUUUGAUGAUUUUAUUUUAGAUGUAAAACAUUUGUUAUCCAAUUUCACUGGAGUGAAAGUAUCUCAUGUUAAUAGAGAUGGAAAUGAAGCAGCCUAUGGCUUAGCUCAAUUUCCUCUGAGGGUGGAUUAUGAA